UCAGCUGUUCGUGUUUAAUGUUUUCGUUUACUUUGACGGGCAGGCUGGUGGCUGUUCUCAUUCGCGGAAAAGCCGAAAAUUAAUGUAAUAUUAUUACUCGUAUGAACUAUAAGGUGCUAUUAUUGUUAAGCCAUUGAUCAUGGACCGCUUGGAGUAUGACGAUCCCAUUUUGCACCCAAAAGAGGACGAAAUUGCUAAAUUACGCAACGUCAAAAUUUACGACGGUGAUGCAAAGUCAGCGACCUUCGAAAAUGGGGAACUGAUCGCGACAUCUCACCGACUGGUUUACGUGCAAUCGGGUUCGUCAAACGGUCUCAGUUUGCGCCUGCACUACCUUGUUUACGUCGAAGAGGAGAAGUCUUCGGGGUUUGGUUUUUCGCGGAGUAAGAAACUUCUGCUGCACCUCUCUGAACCGUUGCCUGGAAAGCCGCCUGGACCCGUGGAUAGGAGCAGCUGCAGUUUCAUCCGGCUUUCCUUCAAGGAUGGCUAUGACAGUUCCUUUCCAAACAACCUUUCUGCUGCCUUACAAAAGAAAAAAUGGGAGACUGCCCCAAUCACCUCGACAAGCCUUCCAGAGGCUCCACCUCCUGUUCAGCUGCCUGGGCGGCAAUUGAGGGCAGGAAUAGUUGGGAUAGAAAGACAAAUUCAAGCUAAACAUAAAGCGACUGACGAUAGUAUAUCCCUGGCCUUUGAGGACCUAAACAAGCUCAUGUCCAUGGCCAAGGACAUGGUGCUGCUUUCCAAAAGCAUAUCGGACAAAAUAAAGGAAAAGCAAGGAGAAAUUUCAGAUGACGAAACAGUCCAAUUCAAGUCUUACCUAUUAAGUUUAGGCAUCGAUGAUCCGGUCACCAGAGACAAUUCACGCAGCGAAAGUCAUUAUCAUCAAAACCUCGCUCGUCAAAUUUCUUCAGCCCUUCAGGAUCAAAUCAAGGAAAUCGGAGGCAUGAUGACCCUUCCUGAGGCCUACUGCAGAGUUAACAGGGCCAGAGGCCUCGAGUUGCUGUCUCCAGAGGACAUGCUGAAAGCCUGUCAGAUUAUGGCUUCCCUGGGCAUGCCUGUUACGCUCAAAGUUUUUGACAGCGGUGUCAAGGUGCUGCACCUAAGCACCCACAAUGACCAGAGUAUCAUCAAGACCACAGCUGAAGCGAUUGAAGAGAGUGGAUCUUACACAGCAGAAGAAUUGGCACAGGUGCUAGGCAUGUCAGUGCUGCUUGCCAAGGAGAGACUUUUGAUCACAGAAAAAGCUGGCAGGGCUUGCAGAGAUGACAGUAUUGAAGGCCUUCGUUUUUAUCCUAAUUUAUUGCUUGAAAAGAACUGAACAAAAUCUGUAAAAAAUUUAUUACUUUCUUGCAUAUUAAAAAAUAUUACUCAUAAACAAAAA